AUGACCACCUCACGAUUCGAGACAGAGAGCUUUACUGCAGAUCACCUCGUGGAAAGCGCAGGAACUGUGUUAUUCCGCCUCUCGACGCGUGAGAUCUGCAUUAUACGCCAUUUGCAGCGUAAUGAGUAUCUUCUACCCAAGGGUCGCCGCAACCUACACGAGUCGAGGCAAGCCACAGCGAUUCGCGAGACCACGGAAGAAACUGGUAUUCCGUGUCGCUUGUUGCCCCUCAAUAUGCUUUCACGGGUGUGUCCCCCUGAUGCAGGAAGCGAGGAUGUGUCCGAUGAGGCACGCUUCUUCGAGGGUGCGUGCGAGCCCAUUCUUGUACAAGCCCGACGAUGGGUUGGGCAGAGGGAGAGGGAGAUGAAGCUUAUUUGGUGGUUUGUGGCCGUUGUUGAUGAAGAGAGGCCCGCUGGGCCGCAUGAGGACAAGUUUGGCGUGGAAUUCCUUAGUUACGAUGCAGCAUUGGAGAGGCUGACGUUCAAGGAUGACCGUGACCUGGUCGGGAGGGCGAUUGACCUGGUGAAGUCGACUUUGGCUUCUUAA